AUGGAGCAACGCCCGGUCCAGUAUGCACAACUUCCCAAGUUUGAGUACCAGACUUUCGAGCGUCACUAUCAGACCUUCGACCGUCAAACCUUUAGCUUUUCAUAUUACCCUGUCAAUACUGCAUCUACGGAUCAUCUGACGCCGCCUAAGGAUCAGGACAAUAACAACAACCCCGUCGAACCAGAUACUGCCCCGGCCGCCGAGACUACCCCUACAGAAGGAUCCGAUAGUGCCCCUGCUGAUGGCUCAACGUCUCCCGAGUCUGAAGGUGCCACCGAAGCAACAACGCCACCACCAGAGGUUGAAGAAACCUCCAACGAUACAACUACUGAAGCAAAAGAGGAAGGCGAAAGUCCCGCCCCAGAAGCAGAGGAGUCCACUCCACCGCCGGAAGAUAGUCCUCCCAGUGAUCCGCCUGCUGAGGAUGCGCCAAAGGACAUAGAAGCGGACCAAGCCCAAGCAGACGAUGCACCGACGAAUGUANAUGAUACACCCCCCGAGGAGAACAAUGAAGCCCCUGACAAUGGUAUGCCUAACAUUGAUAUCAGUUCCCAAAGUCAGCUGACCUUACACAUAGAGGAUAACUUCCCAGGUUGUGAUCCUUCUGCAGAACAUGACAAUGUCGACGCCGACAACAAAGAAGCCGAGGAUCAAGCAGCCGAAGACGCUAAUGUCGAAGAUGAAACGCCAGCGGAUGCAACCACGGCCGACUUGAUCGACGUUGAUAUCGACAAGGACGCGGAGAAUGCAACAGAACAGCCACCUGCAGAAAGUCAAGAAGAGGGCGAAGCUGCGCCCUCGAGCAAUGACGAUGCCCCCGAAGCCGACGGCGUUGGCGGGGACGGUGGUGGCGAUGCAUCGCCUGAAGAACCGGCUGCGGACUCGAAGGAAGAGGCUCAAGAGCAGGAGACCGAAGCACAACCUGAGCCUGCGCCAGAAUCCACGGAAACCCCUGUCGCCCCGGAAGGGCCGGAGGAUCAAAAUCCAGAGGAACAACCUAAUCCUGACACCAGCGAAACCGUGGAUGAAGCACCAACAAACGAGGGGACGCCAGAGCCUACAGAAGAUUUAGCGGCGGACAAAGCCGACGUCGAACCUGAAGCAGAGCCAGCGACUGCAACUGAAGAGGCACCGGAAGAAUCGGCUGCUGCUACCGAAGAGUCACCUGAAGAGGCCGCACAGCCUGAAACAACUGAUGAGGCCUCAACAGAAGUUGAACCAGGCGACAAGCCCUCCGAAGAGGCCCCCGAACCGCCUACCGCUGACGGAGAGUCUGCCGAGAUACCUGCUGAGACGCCCGCCGAGACACCUGUUGAGGAAGCCGCUGUUGUGGAAGAACCUGCCGGAGAGGAUGUUACAGAACAACCUCCGGCUGAAGAGCCCACCGCGGAUGACACAGCAGAUGUACCAGCCGAAGAAACUACAGAAUCAGCGGAACCCGCAGCAGAACCUCCAGCGGAAGAGGCAGAAACUGAGGAGGUAUCUCCCGAGGAAGCCACAAAUUCAGAGUCAGUCGAAGGUCCCACCGAUGAAACUCCAGCGACGGCGGACACCACCCCGGAAGCAGCAAGCUCGGAUGAACCAACAGAUUCUCAAGAGCCAUCUGACGAAAAGCCGACCGAGGAAGUAGUUGCAGGGGAGCCUCCCGCGGAGGCUGCGGCAGAGGAAGCCCCGGCCACAGAGGCCGCAAUCGAAGCGACCCCCAAGGAAGACGCCGACGCGGUACCGGAACCAGAAGAGCCUCCUGCAGACACCGCCACUGAGGAGGCGCCAGCUGAGGAGCCAGUUCAUGUCGAAGAAUCCGAGCAAGUAACAGAAGAGGCAGCUCCUGAAGAGGCCCCAUCGACUGAGGAAGUACCUGUAGAAGAGGGUGUCCGUGAAGUUCCUGAAGAAGCUCUUGCCGAAGAGCCAGCCACUGAAGCGGCGCCCGAAGAGCCCGCUCCUGCAGAAGAACAUAUCGCUGAAGAACCUGCAGCCGAAGAGCCCCCAGCCCCCGAUGAGACACCUCCUGAACCUGCGCCUGAAGAGACUGCUCCAGCUGAAGAGCCUGCUCCAGUAGAGGAGGCUGCUGCUGAAGAAGAGGUUGCUGAAGAGCCUAUCGUCGACGAGCCUGCUGCUCCUGAAGAGCCCGCGAUUGAGGAACCUGCUGCUGUCGACGAACCUGAAGCUGAGGCUGCCAUUGAAGAGUCAGUACCAGCCGAGGAUCCUGCACCUGUCGAAGAAGCUGUUGAGGUACCCACCAUUGAGGAACCUGUCGCCGCUGAAGAGCCCGCUGCCGAAGAACCCGCUGCUGAAGAGCCAACCCCUACCGAGGAGCCCGCUCCGGUUGAAGAGCCCGCUCCGGUUGAAGAGCCCGCUCCGGUUGAAGAGCCCGCUCCGGUUGAAGAGCCCGCUCCGGUUGAAGAGCCCGCUCCGGUUGAAGAGCCCGCUCCGGUUGAAGAGCCCGCUCCGGUUGAAGAGCCCGCUCCGGUUGAAGAGCCCGCUCCGGUUGAAGAGCCCGCUCCGGUUGAAGAGCCCGCUCCGGUUGAAGAGCCCGCUCCGGUUGAAGAGCCCGCUCCGGUUGAAGAGCCCGCUCCGGUUGAAGAGCCCGCUCCGGUUGAAGAGCCCGCUCCGGUUGAAGAGCCCGCUCCGGUUGAAGAGCCCGCUCCGGUUGAAGAGCCUGCCCCGGUUGAGAAAGCUGUCGAGAUUCCCGCCACCGAGGAACCUACCACCACUGAGGAACCUGCCGCCUCUGAGGCGCCCGUCGCCGAAGAGCCUGUCACCGAAGAACCGGCUCCGGUCGAAGAACCUGCUCCCGAGGAGCACGCUGCCGCUGAAGAACAACCGCCAGUAGAAGAGUCUUCGUCUGUUGAAGAGGUUCCCACUGAACAAGCUGUUGACGACCCUGCACCAGUGGAAGAACCUGCUCCGGUGGAAGAGGCUACCCCUGCUGCAGAAGAACCUGCCCCGGCGGAGGAGCCUGCUGCUGACGAGCAAACAACCGCGGAAGAAUCAGUCCCAGUAGAAGAAAUCACCGUCGAAGAGCCUGUUGCAGCAGAAGAACCUGCUCCGGUAGAAGAACCUACUGCAGCGGAAGAGCCCGUUGCGGCGGAAGAACCUGCCGAGGUGGAAGAGCCCGUUGCGGUGGAACCUGCUGCUGAGGAGCCUGCUCCGGAAGCAGCUGCCCCGGCUGAAGAACCCGCCGCUGUGGAAGAACCCGCUGCUGUGGAAGAACCUGCUGCUGUGGAAGAACCUGCUGCUGUGGAAGAACCUGCUGCUGUGGAAGAACCUGCUGCUGUUGUGGAAGAGGCCAUUCCGGUAGAAGAGGCCGUUCCUGCUGAAGAGCAGGCUGCCGUUGAAGACCCUGCACCUGUUGACGAACCCGGUUCAGUCGAUCAACCAGAACCGGCAGAAGAUAUAGCCCCUGCUGAGAGAUCCGUUCCUAUCGACCCGUCAGAAGUCGCUGCGCCGCUAUCGGAAGAACAUGGCGAAAGCGAAGGAUAUGAAGCAGAUCCGAGCUCAGAGCCGUCAGAGGAAACCGAGGCUAUUGAUUCUUCAAGAGGUGAAAUCCUAGCUGGAGCCGCCGCCGGGGCCGCUGCUGCUGCCGCCGCCGCAUCAGUCCACCGAAAAGACUCACGAAGGAAGCACAGAAGAUCACCCGACGCCGACUAUGAUCGGAAGGAGUCUAGGAGCUCUUCUGAUGGCCAUCGAUCCCAACGGCAAAAAGGUGAGCGUGUUGGUAUUGUGGGUCGAUGGGCACAAGCUUUACAAGAGUCCAAGAGACUUCACGAAGAGAAGCAGAAGCAAAAGAUUCAGGUCAUCGAGAAAGAGCGCCGCUCUUUGGACCGUGGAAGAGAGAGAGAAAAGGAUAAGCAGCGAGAGCGUGACCGGGAUCGCGACGAGCGGAGACGGGAACGGGAACGGGAACGAGAGUACGAACGCCAACGCGAGCUCGAGCGUGAGCGCGAGCGCGAGCAAAGACGACAAGAACGCGCGUGCAGACAACAAGAAAAAGAGCGUAUACAACGAGAACAAGAGCGUAUACAACGAGAGCAGGAGCGUAUACGAGAGCAGGAGCGUAUACAACAAGAGCAAGAGCGCAGACAACAAGAGCGUGAGCGCAGACAACUACGAGAGCGCGAACGCGAACAACGUGAACAACGUGAACAACUUGAACGGGAGCAGGAGCGGGAACGCGCAAAGCGCUCUGAGCGAAGCGCAAGAUCAAGGAACUUGGAACAAUCCGAACGUUCGUUGAGCGGGAAAGAGAGCGCACCUGCCAGGUCACACCCACGCUCAGAUCACUCCGGAAGCCAGGACCGCGAGCGCAAGAGCAGCUCUUCAUCUCGCCACACCCAGUCCACAGAACCCAAGCCCCGCUUCUUCCUGAAGUAUAUGGAGGGUCAGUCGGACACCAACGGCCCGCUCCUGAAGAUCAAUGCUGCCAAGGCCUCCGCCAACGUCUACAAAGAUCGUGAGAGAAGGUCAUCCUCCCACCAGAGUCAACGUCAGUCGCAAGAAGGCAAGAGCAGCAGUGAGCGCUCCGGUCGAUCACGUCCCGAGGACGACGAAGAAGCUCGAGCUCGGCGUGAAGCUCGCAGAGAGCGCAAGAGGAUGGAAAUGGAGCAGGAAGCAAGGGCAAGGGAGGAGGAACCCGAGCAACGUCGCCAUCACCGCAGUAGCGGAGAGCAUCGCCAUCGCCAUCACAGGCAUCGUCGCGAGCCGUCUCCUCCACCCAGUGGGCCUUCCAAGCUGAAGACCCUCUUGGGAGCGAUUGCUGCUCACUGA